CAAACUACGAGUGAUUUUUAUUUAUCAAGACAAUAUUUUCAUUUAUCUUUAAAGUAUGUUUUUAUAGUGAAAGAACUGAUUGAAUUUGAGAACUGGACAGGUAAAUGAUGCUGCGUCUGCGUUGCAAAGCCAAGAACGGGACCCAUCUGAUGCAGGGCCUUACACACCAGUCAUGUGUUCAGGAGCUUAAAGAUAAGAUUGAGGAGCUAACAGGAAUACCAUGUGAAGUACAGAAGAUCAUGGUAGGCUAUCCACCAUCCAACCUGGAUCUACGCAACGGUGAAGCCCACCUCAAAGAUUACCCUAUCAAAUCAGGAGACACGCUGAUUGUAGAGGAGGAGAAGAACAAACCCAAACCCCAAUCACAAAUCAUUGUGACCAAAAGGCCCAGUCUUGACCUGUCCCCAAUUCUAAAGCGGCACGUCGUCCCUGCUGACAACUCUUGUCUGUUUACCAGUGUGUACUACAUUAUGGAGGGAGGUGUUUAUGACCCAGGCUGUGCGCCUGAAAUGCGCGGGCUCAUCGCAGAGAUUGUAGCUAGUAACCCCACUGCGUACUCAGAGGCAGUAUUGGGCAAGACUAAUGAGGACUAUUGCUCCUGGAUCUGUCGCAAUGACACGUGGGGAGGAGCCAUUGAGGUUUCAAUCCUCUCGAAGUUCUACCAGUGUGAGAUUUGUGUUGUUGACACUCAGACUGUGCGUGUCGACCGCUUCGGCGAGGAUGCUGGUUACACUAAACGAGUGCUGCUAAUUUAUGAUGGGAUUCAUUAUGACCCACUCCAGAAGGUGGUGCCCAAUUCAGAUAUUCCCGUACAGACUGUGUUCUCUACCACCGAUGACAUAAUUUUGGCCCAAGCGCUGGAGCUCGCCGAUGAGGCGCAGAGGAAACGUCAGUACACAGACGUCAAUCGCUUCGCUCUGCGCUGCAUGGUGUGCCAGACUGACCUGGUGGGGCAGAAGGAAGCAAGGGAACAUGCCAAGGAGACCGGCCAUACCAACUUCGGGGAGGUGUGACACUCUUCGCUCUGUUUCUGAAACCAUCCCCACCUUUGCCACAUCACUGCCACGCCACCUGACAUGGUACCUGCUCUUUCUCUGCUGCCUGUUCCAGCUUGGUACAGUCCUCUAUCUCACAUUGUCUAGUGGCUUCAGGAGACUCUCACAUGUCGAGUUCCCCCAAGAAUUCAGUAUUCUUUUAACUUUGAGGUUGAAGUAUUAAAUGUGCUUGUGUUCUUGA